CGCAUCCUGGUUUACGGUAAAAAGCUAAGCUAACAGCCAGCGGUUAGUUCGCUUCUCUCCGAGCUGUUGGUGUUCCUCCUCCUCCGCAGUCAGUGGACAGACGGACACGUUUAAGACUAGACUUUCUCCGUUAAUCCUCCAUAUGUCUUUCCUGGAGAAGAAGACCCCCGGCCGGCUGCUGCUUGACGACACCGUUCCUCUAACUGCGGUGAUCGAAGCCAGCCAGAACCUGCAGUCCCACACGGAGUACAUCGUCCGGGUCCAGAGGGGCGUGUCUUCAGAGAACAGCUGGCAGGUGAUUCGGCGCUACAGCGACUUUGAUGUCCUCAACAGCAGCCUGAUGGUUUGUGGCAUCAGUCUCCCGCUUCCUCCCAAGAAGCUAAUUGGAAACAUGGACAGGGAGUUCAUAGCAGAGAGGCAGAGAGGACUGCAGGCCUUUCUGGACUCAAUUACCCAGCAUCCCCUGCUCUCCAGCUCCCUGAUAGUCAAGAAGUUCCUUGACCCAAACAACUACUCUGCCAACUACACAGAGAUCGCCCUGCAGCAGGUCUCCAUGUUCUUCAGGUCGGACCUGAAGUGGGAGGUCCUGGAGCCUCUCAAAGACAACGGCUGGAGGAUCAGGAAGAAAUACUUUCUAAUCAAAAACAAAGAGCAGCCCAAAGAGCGGUAUCUGCUGAGCUGGGUGGACCUGGGUCCUGAUAAGUUCCUGUCCGACAAAGACCUGCAGUCAGCAAUAAAGCUGCUAACCAGCCUGUCUACUCCAUAUCUCUGUCCGCUAUUGUUCUCCAGCACCAGUGAGUCUUCAGCGCUGCUCAUCCGGCCGUUCAGUGAGAGAGGCUCUCUGAGAGACCACAUCUGUAAGGUGAAACCCAGAGAGAGUUACCUGAAGAAGUACUGUAACCCGAAGAAGAGUCAGGGACUUGAACUGCAGCACAUCAAACUGUACGGCCGCCAGAUCCUGGAGAGCCUGAAGCUUCUCCAUGAUGGCGGCGUAUUUUUCGGUCACCUGCACGCGUCUAACGUAAUUGUGGAUGACGGUGUGUGUCGACUGACUGAUGUAGAAAACGGCAUGCUGGGAGUUCCCUCAGUGCUGCGACCGGCCUUCAGCCAGCUCAGGAAGAUCAACACCACAGAGAGCAUAGACGUCUUCUGCUUUGGACAUUUACUCUACGAGAUGAUGUACGGCCGUCCGCCGGACAGCGUGCCCGUCGAUCAAUACCCGGCUGCCCCCUACACCGCUGUGGUGUCAGUGCUGCAGUCCAUUUUGUCCACAGAAGCCUGUAAGAGUGGGAUGCCAACAGUGUCGCAGCUCAUCCAGACACCGCUGUUCAGUGACGUUCAGCUCCAACACUCCGAAAAACUCCAGAUCAAGGUUCCCAGCAGGCUAAAAGAGGCGCUGAAGACGGCGAAGGAGAGUCUAGAGAAGAGGCUGCAGGAGGAGCAGAGACUGCUCCACCAGCACAAGAGGCUGACCAGAGCUCAGUCUCACCACGGCUCAGAGGAGGAGAGGAAGAGGAGGAAGAUUCUGGCGAGGAAGAAGUCCAGACGGUCGGCUUAUGAAAAUGAAGAAGACGUCUCUGUUAGAAACAACAAUAACUCUGGUUCUGGAGCCAGUUCCCCUCCCACAUGCCCCUCCUCCCCCACCCCCCCAUCCACCACAGGAGCCCUGACUGCUCCUCCUCCCCCCCCUCCACCUCCUCCUCCUCCGAUGCUGGACUCGUCCUCCUGUCCUACUCCUCUGUCCUCCUCUGGAGGAGAUCGCACCGCCCUGCUGAACUCCAUCCAGGCCUUCAGUAAGGGCAAACUGAAGAAGGCCGAGAUCGUCGACCGCAGCAAAGCCAUCAUCUGACCCCCGACCACCUGUUCCUCCACCAGGACCAGUCACUACGGCGUCACGACCCACCUGCUGGUUCCGCACUGUGGUCAGGACCCGUUCAUGUCGUCGCUCCCUGAGAUGUGAAAAGGAAUCGCUAACGAAACAAAAAUAUUCCAAGUACCAUUUUUACUUUUUAUUGCUAUUUCUGCUUUUUUUUCCCCUGCUUUUAAAUUUUUAAAAUCUGUUGCUGUGGUGGGAAAGAGGAGAGUCUCAGUCUGCCCUUUAAAAAAACUCUGGACAGUCUGAGGCACCGAGGUUCGUCCUCACGGCCACCGGGCUCCACAGGCUGGUGAGGGUUUUGGUUUUUUUUCUGGUUGACCUGCUGCUUCAACAGGCAGCCAACUGGCUUCUUUUCUUCUUGUCAAGGUGGCGUUUGAAUGUUUUGAAAUUUUAUGUUUUGGAGCCACUGUGAAUGCUUCGUCCCGCUGGAUGAGGAAGUUGAAUUUCCUGGAUCCAAAAGAUCUUAAUAUCGGUGCUCUGACACUGAUGAUCUGUCCUGAGACUGAUCCAAACUCCGGCUUUCCCUCUUUGACAAAUCAUCUCAUGACGUGUUGCCUCCAUGGAGACCGUUUCACUGCAGGACAUCGGUGACAAAAAAAAGACUCAAUCACCCGAAUCAAUAAAGUCAUUUUUGUCUAUUAUCAUGUCCCAAAAACACACUUUUCUUAAAAACAAUUGAAACAAAUCUGUUAGCGUGUCUGCACUUGAAAAAAUAAUGCAGGUCACCGUAUGUGACCCGCAGGUUUAUUUUCACACGAUUUAAGAACAUUCUCAACUUACAGAUGUCCGUUUGCUGCAGUGCAUCUGUCUGAACGUCACGGUGGGAUCAGACCUGCUGUUGGUUUUGUUUGGUCUGAACCAGAGGGACAGAUUGAUGAGAUUUUGUGCCGUUAGCUCGUCAGUUAGAGGUUGUGGAUUGACAUGGAUCUUCUGAGGUUGUUCAUCCCAUUUAGGAACGUAUAAAGAAACUUUACUGUUCAGCUCUGUGAGCAUGAGGCAUCCUGAUUGGUCAGUUGUUGAUUCAUUUCAGACUAAGCAUGCAAAUAGUUUGCACAAGUUGGAGCACAAAAGAAAAAGAGCAGCACAUAAUCAACUACCCGCGAUGCUACAAACUGCAAGAAGUUUGUUUCCAUCGACCUAUUUUUUUGCGCACGUUCAAUUUGUACAUAUAAAGGCCAAAUGAAAAUUUAAAAAGGAAUAUUUAUAUGUCUCAAAAAAGUAGAAAUGUUGCUGUAUAAAUAAAUACAAAUAAAAUCCUGAUGUUCAUGAAGACUCAAACGUUCACUAAAGAGAAACUCGGAUCUGUGUGGCGCGUUGAGAUUAAAAUCUUCUAAUUAAUACAUGAAACAAACAUAUUUACAUCAUGUCUUCCACAUGGUUUUCCAUGCCACCAACUGUUGAUCUUAAUGCACCUGGUAUUCACAUCAUGUUAUUGGAUGGAAAGGCACAUUUAUUUUGCAUUUUCGUUAGCCGUUUUCUGGAUUUUGGUUAAAAUUAGCGCUACUUUUGUGUGGAAACUUGACAAAUGUAAACAAUCCCAAUAUAUAACGCUCACCAUAGUUUUCACUCGAGUCCCGGGAGGGCUGGAGAGGUGAAACUGCCCACCAUGAAGUUCAGCAGCAUUCUCCUCUGAUCUCCCAUCGUACUGUAACUUCUGCCUCACACCAGUGAGACUUUCGGCUGCUAAACGUGGCAGAAAGUAACGGCAGCCGGUGCCGCUGCGGCUGGUGCAGCUGCUCUCUCCUUUGGAUAUAGAGACGUUGCUCUACGCGAUGUCAAACCUGCACUUUUGGUGAACGUCUGUGAGACGGAGAUACCGGUCAGACGUCUGUACCGUCCUGAAUCGGAGCAACGUGGAUCCACAGCGAUGAGCCGCUCUGAUUGUAUUUGGGGUCUGAAAUGAAUCUGAAAUACUUUUUUUCUCCACCAGCAUCUUUACUGAUUGAUAUGUGAGAUUUAGCUUCUUUGCACCACAAUAAAUUCUUUAUAUUCCACUUAUAUGACCCACACUGCUGCUUUUGCAUGUUUUGUUUCGGCCCAUUAACUGCUGAUCACUUUCCAAGUCUCCCAUCAUGUUUUAAGAUUUCCUUCUUUCUCCGAAAAUGAACUUGCACAGACUUGAAACUUGCUACAGAGAGGAAAUCCAUUCGUCACCUUUUAGUUUGACUUUAUUAAUUCAUAGUCGUUUGCAGGGUGUGUAUUGAACGGCAGUUGAACUAGUAAUCGAAUGCGAGUCAGAGAUUAAGCACCUGAAAUGUAAACUAAUGAUCAACUUCAAAUUCAGCUUUUCACAGCAUCCAUCUUUGUUCAUUCUGCUGAAGGAAUGAAAGAAGGAAAUCCGUUAUUUUGGGAUCUUAUUUAGUUAAACAGCACUGGUGACUCCAACGUUACAGUUAACCUUGGUGAGACGUCCGGUGACGGUUAAUUUCAGACCCUGAUUGUGUUGAUUCCUGUUUUUUUGUUGUUUUUGCUUUUGUUUUAAUUCUGUUGUAUUUUAAUGUCUGUUGUCGUCAUAGAGCUGAGAUUAUUUUUAUUUUAUUGUGCCAUAUGGAUCCAUGUGCCUAUGGAAAAAUGAAUUGUCUCUUUUUGUUGAAAUAUUGUCUGUGAUAUCAUACAUACCAGAUAAUCUGUAUGUAUACAAGCUCUGUCUGAGGAUAGUAACACUUUAGCACACAGGAUGUUGCUAUUGGCAUUACAGUCUGGGAAUUUCCCUAAAUAAUACCAACUAAUGAUUACUUUUCGUUAUCGUUUGUCAGAAAAUAGUGAAAACGAGGUGACGUCUACACCUCGUACCUCUGACAAACAGUCCAAGGCCUUUUUACUGAGGCAGGCUAGCUGUUUCCCCCUGUUUCCAGUCUUUGUGCUAAGCUAAGCUAACCGGCUUCUGGCUGUAGCUUUUGAUUUGAACAGACCGAUAUGAGAGUGGUAUUUAUCUUCUCAUCCGACUCUCUGCCCGAAAGCGACUCAGCGUAUUUUCCAGAAUGUCGAAUGAUUAAAAGUGUGCGUGACUCUGGGGUAGAACCACGGCAGCA